AAAGUUUCACUUCUUCAACUUUGUUAAACCUAACGAAAUAUCAACGAAAAACAAAACCCUAGCAGUUUCAGUUGUCCUCAACCUUGCAAAUUAAGCUCGCCGUUCGUUGAUUCUUCAAUUUCUUCACCGUACCAUCUCUACCUACUGUUAAUCUUCAGAUAGCAGAUUCACAAUGGCAUCAUCUUCGAUGGACGUCGACACUGUCAUAACUGAACCAAAAGUUUUACCUCCGAAGCCUCAAUUUGAGCCACUAAAGCCUCAUGAGAUGUCUAGUGGUCAGGUUCAGUUUCGCAAGGUAUCUGUCCCGCCGCAUCGUUACACUCCUCUCAAGAAAAUUUGGAUGGAGAUCUAUACACCUGUAUACGAGCAGAUGAAAAUCGACAUCCGAAUGAAUUUGAAGGCGCGGAAAGUUGAGUUGAAGACGAGGCGCGAUACUCCGGAUAUAAGUAACCUUCAAAAGUGUGCUGAUUUUGUCCAUGCUUUUAUGUUGGGUUUUGAUGUUAUUGAUGCUAUUGCUAUUCUGCGGUUGGAUGAGCUUUAUGUUGAGUCGUUUGAGAUUAAGGAUGUUAAGACGCUUCGAGGGGAUCAUUUGUCUCGGGCUAUUGGAAGAUUGUCGGGUAAAGGUGGUAAAACUAAGUUUGCAAUUGAGAAUGCAUCGAAGACUAGGAUUGUGAUUGCUGACACCAAGAUUCAUAUUUUGGGAUCGUUUGCGAACAUCAAGAUUGCUAGGGAUUCUCUAUGUUACCUGAUUAUGGGAUCACCAGCGGCAAAGGUUUAUUCUAAAUUGAGGGCGGUUACUUCUAGAAUGGCUGAAAGGUUUUGACUUUAUAGUGAAAAGUUAUAAAAUAGGGUUAUUUAUGAGUUUAUGAAUGUUUGAACAAUUGUUUCUGAAAUAUCAAAUUUUGGUUAUUUUCUUGUGUUGUAAUGAGAGAAUUACUUUUUUUCUUUUGAACUUUCAUGAUUUUCAUUGACAAUUGCAAAGUUAAUCAAUUUGAAAAGUGUUUGUAUUAGUUAUGUUGAUUUAAACAUAUUCAUGUAUGAAAAAUGUCAUGAUCAUUGAGA